AUGUCGACUGGGGACAGUUUUGAGACUCGGUUUGAAAAAAUCGACAACCUGCUGCGGGAUCCCAAAUCGGAAGUGAAUUCUGAUUGUUUGCUGGAUGGAUUGGAUGCUUUGGUAUAUGAUUUGGAUUUUCCUGCCUUAAGAAAAAACAAAAAUAUUGACAACUUUUUAAGCAGAUAUAAAGACACAAUAAAUAAAAUUAGAGAUUUACGAAUGAAAGCUGAAGAUUAUGAAGUAGUGAAGGUGAUUGGUAGAGGUGCAUUUGGAGAAGUUCAGUUGGUAAGGCAUAAAUCCACCAGGAAGGUAUAUGCUAUGAAGCUUCUCAGCAAAUUUGAAAUGAUUAAGAGAUCCGAUUCUGCUUUUUUCUGGGAAGAAAGGGACAUCAUGGCUUUUGCUAAUAGCCCUUGGGUUGUUCAGCUUUUUUAUGCAUUCCAAGAUGAUCGUUAUCUCUACAUGGUGAUGGAAUACAUGCCUGGUGGAGAUCUUGUAAACUUAAUGAGCAACUAUGAUGUGCCUGAAAAAUGGGCACGAUUCUAUACUGCAGAAGUAGUUCUUGCAUUGGAUGCAAUCCAUUCCAUGGGUUUUAUUCAUAGAGAUGUGAAGCCUGAUAACAUGCUGCUGGAUAAAUCUGGACAUUUGAAGUUAGCUGAUUUUGGUACUUGUAUGAAGAUGAAUAAGGAAGGUAUGGUACGAUGUGACACGGCAGUUGGAACACCUGAUUAUAUUUCCCCUGAAGUAUUAAAAUCUCAAGGUGGUGAUGGUUAUUAUGGACGAGAAUGUGACUGGUGGUCAGUUGGAGUAUUUUUGUAUGAAAUGCUUGUAGGUGAUACACCUUUUUAUGCAGAUUCUCUGGUUGGAACUUACAGUAAGAUUAUGAACCAUAAAAAUUCACUUACCUUCCCUGAUGAUAAUGACAUAUCAAAAGAAGCAAAAAAUCUUAUUUGUGCCUUUCUUACUGAUAGAGAGGUGAGAUUAGGGCGAAAUGGUGUCGAAGAAAUCAAACGACAUCUCUUCUUCAAAAAUGAUCAGUGGGCUUGGGAAACACUUCGAGAUACUGUAGCACCAGUUGUACCUGAUUUAAGUAGUGAUAUUGAUACAAGUAACUUUGAUGACUUGGAAGAAGAUAAAGGAGAUGAAGAAACAUUCCCUAUACCUAAAGCUUUUGUUGGCAAUCAACUACCUUUUGUAGGAUUUACAUAUUAUAGCAAUCGUAGAUACUUAUCUUCAGCAAAUCCUAAUGAUAACAGAACUAGCUCCAAUGUGGAUAAAAGCUUGCAGGAAACUUUGCAAAAAACAAUAUACAAGCUGGAAGAACAACUGCAUAAUGAGAUGCAAUUAAAAGAUGAAAUGGAGCAGAAGUGCAGAACUUCAAACAUUAAAAUAGACAAAAUAAUGAAAGAAUUGGAUGAAGAGGGGAAUCAAAGAAGAAAUCUAGAAUCUACAGUGUCUCAGAUUGAGAAAGAGAAAAUGUUGCUACAGCAUAGAAUUAAUGAAUACCAAAGAAAAGCAGAACAGGAAAAUGAAAAGAGGAGAAAUGUAGAAAAUGAAGUUUCUACAUUAAAGGAUCAGUUGGAAGACUUAAAGAAAGUAAGUCAGAAUUCACAGCUUGCUAAUGAGAAGCUGGCACAAUUACAAAAGCAGCUGGAAGAAGCCAAUGACUUACUUAGGACAGAAUCAGACACAGCUGUAAGAUUAAGGAAAAGUCACACAGAGAUGAGCAAGUCAAUUAGUCAACUAGAGUCCCUGAACAGAGAAUUGCAGGAGAGAAAUAGAAUUCUAGAGAAUUCCAAGUCACAAACAGAUAAGGAGUAUUACCAGCUGCAAGCUGCAUUGGAAGCUGAACGAAGAGACAGAGGACAUGAUUCUGAGAUGAUUGGAGACCUUCAAGCUCGAAUUACAUCUUUACAAGAGGAGGUGAAGCAUCUCAAACAUAAUGUUGAGAGAGUAGAAGAAGAAAGAAAAGAUGCUCAAGACAUGCUUAAUCAUUCAGAAAAGGAAAAGAAUAAUUUAGAGAUAGAUUUAAACUACAAGUUGAAAUCCUUACAACAACGGUUAGAACAAGAGGUAAAUGAACAUAAAGUAACCAAAGCUCGUUUAACUGACAAACAUCAGUCUAUUGAAGAGGCAAAAUCUGUUGCAAUGUAUGAGAUGGAAAAAAAGCUGAAGGAAGAGAGAGAAGCUCGAGAAAAGGCUGAAAAUAGGGUUGUUCAGAUUGAGAAACAGUGUUCCAUGCUAGAUGUUGAUCUGAAACAAUCUCAGCAGAAGCUUGAACAUUUGACUGAAAGUAAAGAAAGAAUGGAGGAUGAAGUUAAGAAUCUCACUCUGCAAUUGGAGCAGGAAUCAAAUAAGCGACUCUUCUUUCAAAAUGAAUUGAAGACUCAAGCAUUUGAGGCAGACAAUUUAAAAGGUCUAGAAAAGCAGAUGAAACAGGAAAUAAAUACUUUACUGGAAGCAAAGAGAUUAUUAGAAUUUGAAUUAGCUCAACUUACAAAACAAUAUAGAGGAAAUGAAGGACAGAUGCGGGAACUACAAGAUCAACUUGAAGCUGAACAAUAUUUCUCGACACUUUAUAAAACCCAGGUAAAGGAACUGAAGGAAGAAAUUGAAGAAAAAAACAGAGAAAAUUUAAAGAAAAUACAGGAACUACAAAAUGAGAAAGAAACUCUUGCUACUCAGCUGGAUCUAGCGGAAACAAAAGCUGAGUCUGAGCAAUUGGCUCGAGGGCUUUUAGAAGAACAGUACUUUGAAUUGACCCAAGAAAGCAAGAAAGCAGCUUCAAGAAACAGACAAGAGAUUACAGAUAAAGAUCACACUGUUAGUCGGCUUGAGGAAAUGAACAGCAUGCUAACCAAAGAUGUUGAAUUAUUAAGAAAAGAAAAUGAAGAGCUAACUGAUAAAAUGAGGAAAUCAGAGGAAGAUUUCAAACAGAAGAAAGAGGAGGAGAUCAAUAAUCUUAAGGCUGCCUUUGAAAAGAAUAUCAGUACAGAACGAACUCUUAAAACACAGGCUGUUAACAAGUUGGCAGAAAUAAUGAAUCGAAAAGACUUUAAAAUUGAUAGAAAGAAAGCUAAUACACAGGAUUUGAGGAAGAAAGAAAAGGAAAAUCGAAAGCUACAACUGGAACUCAACCAAGAAAGAGAGAAAUUCAACCAGAUGGUAGUGAAACAUCAGAAGGAACUGAAUGACAUGCAAGCGCAAUUGGUAGAAGAAUGUACACAUAGGAAUGAGCUUCAAAUGCAGUUGGCUAGCAAAGAGAGUGAUAUCGAGCAAUUGCGUGCUAAACUUCUGGACCUAUCGGAUUCUACGAGUGUUGCUAGUUUGCCUAGUGCUGAUGAAACUGAUGGAAACCUUCCAGAGUCAAGAAUUGAAGGUUGGCUUUCAAUACCAAAUAGAGGAAAUAUCAAACGAUAUGGCUGGAAGAAACAGUAUGUUGUGGUAAGCAGCAAGAAAAUUUUAUUUUAUAACGAUGAACAAGAUAAGGAACAAUCCAAUCCAUCUAUGGUAUUAGACAUAGAUAAAUUGUUUCAUGUUCGACCUGUAACCCAAGGAGAUGUGUAUAGAGCUGAAACUGAAGAAAUUCCUAAAAUAUUUCAGAUACUUUAUGCAAAUGAAGGUGAAUGUAGAAAAGAUGUAGAGAUGGAACCAGUACAACAAGCUGAAAAAACUAAUUUUCAGAAUCACAAAGGCCAUGAGUUCAUUCCUACACUCUACCACUUUCCCGCCAACUGUGAGGCCUGUGCCAAACCUCUCUGGCAUGUUUUUAAGCCACCCCCUGCCCUAGAAUGUCGAAGAUGCCAUGUUAAGUGCCACAGAGAUCACUUAGAUAAGAAAGAGGACCUAAUUUCUCCAUGUAAAGUAAGUUAUGAUGUAACAUCAGCAAGAGAUAUGCUGUUGUUAGCAUGUUCUCAGGAUGAACAAAAGAAAUGGGUAACUCAUUUAGUGAAAAAGAUACCUAAGAAUCCACCAUCUGGUUUUGUUCGUGCAUCCCCUCGAACACUUUCUACAAGAUCCACUGCAAAUCAGUCUUUUCGGAAAGUGGUUAAAAAUACAUCUGGAAAAACUAGUUAA